AAUCAUUUAACCAUGAAAUAAACCCAAUAGGGCUGUUCUGCCCCCAAAAGUUAAUUUUCAGGUAAAUUGUUCCAUCAAGAUCUCUUUGUAAAUUUCCUACAUGGUUAUAUGAAAUAGUAACUGAGGUUCUAGUAAUGUUUUUUUUUGUUAUCUUCUUAAGUCGCGACCAUGUUCCUCGGGGACCCAGUUACGGUGCUUCUGGCGGUUGCGCUGUGUCUUAUUGUGGCAAAUACACUUUAUAGGCAGAAAAGGAGCAAAUAUCAACAUUUCCCACCUGGACCAAAGCCGCUACCGAUCAUUGGGAAUAUUCACAUUCUGAAUCGGAAGAGACCGUAUUUAACAUUUCUAGAGUUGUGGAAGAAAUACGGCUCCAUAUUCAGCGUACAAAUAGGAAGCCAGAAGAUGGUGGUGCUGUGCGGAUAUGAAACAGUGAAAGACGCUCUUGUAAACCAUGGGGAGGAAUUUUCCGAGAGGCCAGAAAUCCCUAUUUUUCACGUUAUAGCCAAGGGAUACGGUGUGAUAUUUUCUCAUGGAGAGAACUGGAAAGUGAUGAGAAGAUUCACCCUUUCUACCUUACGAGACUUUGGGAUGGGGAAGAAAUCCAUAGAAGACAAAAUUAAUGAAGAGUGUGAUUCUCUAGUAGAGAAGUUGAGAUCCUACGGAGGAAAGGCAUUUGAGAACUCUGUGACUAUAAAUGCGGCUGUGGCCAAUAUCAUUGUAUCUCUACUGCUUGGUCGUCGGUUUGACUAUGAGGAUCCUACAUUUCUGAGGCUCAUGAGUUUGAUGAAUGCAAAUUUUAGGCUUAUGGGGAGUCCUAUGGUUAUGCUGUACAACUUAUAUCCAUCUAUAAUAAGAUGGCUGCCGGGAAGUCAUAAAACUGUUGGCAAAAAUGCAGCCGAGACGCAGAGGUUCAUCAGAGAGACCUUCACUAAACGCAGAGAGAAACUGGACGUCAAUGACCAGAGGAAUCUGAUUGAUGCUUUCCUUGUCAGGCAACAAGAAACGAAAGAAGAUGGAUGCUCCUUCCAUGAUGACAAUCUGACAGUGCUUGUAUCCAAUCUGUUUGCCGCCGGAAUGGAAACCACUUCUAGCACUCUCCGCUGGGGCCUCCUCUUAAUGAUGAAAUAUCCAGAAAUUCAAAAGAAUGUGCAGAAUGAAAUAGAAAAAGUGAUUGGACAGAGCCGGCCACAAACUGAGCAUCGUAAAUCCAUGCCCUACACCGACGCCGUUAUCCAUGAAAUCCAGAGAUUUGGUAACAUUAUUCCAAUGAAUCUUCCCCAUGCGACUGCUCAGGAUGUGACUUUUAGGGGCUAUUUUCUUCCAAAAGGAACCUACGUGAUCCCGUUGCUGACAUCUGUUCUGUAUGACAAAGAUCACUUUGAAAAACCGAAUGAGUUUUACCCUCAGCAUUUUCUCGACUCUGAAGGCAACUUUGUCAGGAAUGAAGCGUUCUUGCCCUUUUCAGCAGGAAAAAGAAGCUGUGCCGGAGAGAAUUUGGCUAAAAUGCAACUCUUCCUGUUCUUCACAAGCCUCCUGCAGAACUUCACGUUCCAGGCGCCUCCUGGGGAGGAACUAGAUCUCACCCCUACCACUGGGUUUACCACUCCUCCUUUGCUCCAUAAUAUUUGUGCAUUGCCUCGUACGUAGAACUUCACCUUCCAAGCGCCUCCUGGGGAGGAACUAGAUCUCACCCCUACCACUGGGUUUACCACUCCUCCUUUGCCCCAUAAUAUUUGUGCAUUGCCUCGUACAUAGAACUUCACCUUCCAGGCGCCUCCUGGGGAGGAACUAGAUCUCACCUCUACCACUGGGUUUACCACUCCUCCUUUGCCCCAUAAUAUUUGUGCAUUGCCUCGUACAUAGAACUUCAGCUUCCAGGCACCUCCUGGGGAGGAACUAGAUCUCACCCCUACCACUGGGUUUACCACUCCUUCUUUGUUCCAUAAUAUUUGUGCAUUGCCUCAUACGUAGGUUGUGCCUAAAAUCCUGCUAAAUGUUAUUUAAUUUUUCACUGCUUUGAUAUCUUGUACAUAAAAAGAGUCUGGGAGAAAUAAAUUUGUGACUGCAUCUUAUGAAGGAAUCUAAGCGCCCAGCCUCUUUUUUGACUGCUGACUAGUGAUGGGCGAAAAGU